CCAACCCAUGCAGGCGGAUUGUUUGCAAUGGACAGAAAAUACUUCUUUGAAUUAGGAGGUUAUGAUCCAGGAAUGAUGAUAUGGGGUGGCGAAAACUUCGAACUUUCUUUUAAGAUUUGGCAGUGUGGUGGGAGUAUUGAAUGGGUGCCAUGUUCUCAUGUAGGUCAUGUCUACAGGAAUCAUAUGCCAUAUGGAUUUGGAAAUAUCGAUGUGAAGAUUCCAGUUGUUUUACUUAAUUAUAUGAGAGUUGUAGAAGUUUGGUUGGAUGAUGAAUUUAAGGAGUAUUUUUACACCCGUGAGCCUACCAUCAGGGGAUAUCCAAUUGGAAAUAUUUCUGAACAGCUGGAGUUUAAGAAAAAACACAAUUGUAAAAGUUUCAAAUGGUUUAUGGAUAAUAUUGCAUAUGAAAUAUAUGACCGUUUCCCACCACCUCCACCAAACAAGAAAUGGGGUGAGUUUAAAGAAAAGAAUGGUCGCCUGUGCUGGGACACUAUGGGAGGUCAAGUGGGAAAUACAGUGGGCCUCAGUAUGUGCCACCAUUUUGGCGGAAACCAGCUGUUUAGACUGAAUACUAAAGGUCAGUUAGCAGUAGGAGAGCGGUGCAUUGAUCUGUCUGGUGGACAGCCUAAAGUUAUCUUCUGCUCAGUAAUGCCAACUGGACCUUGGGACUUUGAUGAGUCAACUCACCAGGUAAGGCACAAGACAAGGGGUCAGUGUGUCCAGGCAGAUGGGCAAAAUAUGAAGCUGGUCAUGGCAGCAUGUGACGCCUCAUUGGGAAACCAGAAGUGGGAAAUCAACGAAAUCCAAACCUGGAAACGGUGAACUUUGUGAUUACUAGUAAAGUGGUCAGUCUGUUGGAGAAGAUGGGCUAUUGGAUGAUAAAUGUAAUAUUUUUUGCUGACUGCAAACCAUUGCCGGUAUUUUUAUAUCUCUAGGGAGUUGUUUACACCACCAAAUCCAAGUUGUCAUACAAAAGAUGUAGUAUAAUUGAAUUAUAUGUUCCAUUCUAGUCAUUUAUUGAAGGUGCCUCAAUACCCAUCUUAAAUAUAUAUGUGCAAGUUGUGUUGUGUAUAAAAAAGCAGCAGUUUUGUGAAGAUUUGCAUAUAGAUUGACAUGCUGAGAUACUUUUUAUGCAAGUAUUAUAGUUUCUUUGAGAGGUAUUGGUUCCCAUUUAAUGUAGUCGACUGUACAGUAGCUAGAAGACUAACAGUAUAAGAUGCAAUAUAUCACAUAUUGAACUGUGUUUAGGCCAUCAAAUGGCAUUUAGAUGUAGACAAACUUCAAGUAUAAUAUGCUUAACACAGAGACAGGGAAAAUUUCAGUACUGCACCAUCAUAUGUGAUUUAUUGGAAAAUGGCCCUAGGCUGUUUGGUUUGCUGUAGUUAUUAUUUUAAUGGGAUGGGUAAGAUGUAGAUUUUUAGAGAAUUUAUUUAUUAAGACCUGUAAUAAAAUGAUCUCUGUUUGUUGUGGGGAUUAGGACUGUUGUUAAUGUACAAUUGCAUAUACAUGUAUAGAAAUACAAAUAAGGUGUAAUGUAAAAUACUUUUAAAACAUGCACAUGACUAUUAUUUUUUCACUCGUACACACCUGUCACACAUGAACUAGAAGCAGCACAUCAGAAAUACAGGGCACAUUACACAGCUAGAUUAUGUUAAUAGAGGUGACACAGGUAAAAAGUUUCCCAUGAUGACUACGCUUUUAUAUCAACCAGUGUGUUAAACUGAUUGUGAAAAUCUGGUAUUGUACAAAAGACUCCCUGUUAAUUACAUGACUGCAUGAUAUAAAAAGCAAUUGCUUUUUAACUAAGCAAAGAUAUACAAGAGAUAGAGUUUCAUGUCAACUGUAUUGUUAUUCUGACAAGAUGGGUAGUCUAAAUGUGCAGCCUAUCGAGUUUAGUGUAGUUCAGAUUGUGUAGAAUAAUCCUGUCACAUUUGAUAAGAAAUAUUUUAAUGUGUUGGGAUUUUAGAAAGUAAAAUAUAAUUGUGCUAUUAAAAUAGAUGUUGGAAUAGCUACUUAUGUACAGAAGGAAGAAGACGAAUUUAUAUAUAUGGGUUUUAUGUGAUAUUUUUUAUUGUACAGGUGAUGGUCCUUAUAUAUAAUGUACAUUUAUUUCAUCAACAUGUUUUGCCAAAUAGAAAACAUCUGUUAAAAAGUUUUGUUUAUGGGAAUAAAAUUGUUUAAACAGAA